AUGCCAAACAAUAAAGUACAAAAGAGGUCAGCCGAUACAUCCAUGUACCUAACAAUUGAUACCAUAUUUUCCAUACUUACUAACCUUCCUGUUAAAUCUUUGUUGCGUUUUAAAUCCGUAGCUAUAUCAUGGAAUGCUAUAAUCUCUGACGAUAAAUUCAAAAAUAUUCACCACGAUCAAUCCAAAGUGUUGUGCCGCGAAAAGUUGUUGUUUAAACAAAGAUCUACUGGCCAUUUUGAGUUUAGAGACCUCGAAAGUCCCCAAUUACUUCCGAUGGAAAAACAACUAUCUCCUCUAGAAAGAUUCAAAUGUGAGGAAAUCUGGUGUUCAUGUGAUGGCUUGGUACUUUUAAAAGAUUAUAACUCCUAUAAAGAUUAUGUUUUGUGGAAUCCAUCUACCAGAGAGUAUCGAAUUCUUGAAUCAUGUCCUUAUCUGAACAACAACGACGAAUAUUGCAUGAAAGCUUGUGGGAUGUGCUAUGAUUCUAACCUCGAUGACUACAAGAUUAUACUGAUAUGUGAUUUGUUUUAUGUCGUCUACUCUUUGAAUAAGGGUCGUUGGGCAAAGAAAACAAGUUUCCCUUGUCCAAGAGUAUUCUAUAAUAAUCUUUGCUCUCGGGGGACUAGCAUUAGCACAAAAGGUUGUGUAUUUUGGUCUCUGACUCUCAAUUCAAUCAGCGACCGAAUAUAUUGUAGUGUACCUUGGAAUAGACCUAGAAUCAUAUAUUAUGACGUGAAAUCAGAUGAAGUGGAACAACUUCCAUUGCCAGAAUUUGUAAGAGUGAGGAGUUUAUUUGGUUUGACUACUUUGAAAGAUUGUCCUAGUCUAUAUGGCGGCACAUACAUCAAUUACGAAUUGGACAUAUGGAUUCUGGAACAGGAUAGUUGGAAAUGGGUAAUGAAUGUCUGCAACUUGCCCGUUCCUUGCACGCGGUUUGUAGAUAAUAUAAACAUGUGGUGCAGUGAAAUUGGUGAUCGAAUUAUCUUUUAUGGGGUGUCGGAGGAAGAAUUUUUCAUCUAUUAUCCUAAACUGAAACAAUUUGUUAAUGUUUUAGUACCUGAUAAAUCCAAAUAUUACGUAAUUCCCAAGGUGGCGAUAUGUCUGGAUAGUUUUUAUUUUCCAAGACGCAAUAUCAAGGAGGAAGCAACUGUUAUGAAUAAUAUUGAUGACGUGGAGGACAGUAGGGCUAACACGGGAGAUAAGAGUAAUUUUAUUCAACCUAGAAGGAGUAACCGUGUGAAGAUCCCAUCUAAAAGAUUAACAGGUUUUGUCGUGGAGCCGGGUUAA